GUUAUAAUCCAUGGUUGUAUAUUCAUAUUCCUAACCGUUUUGACAAAAUUAGAAUGUGCUAUUAAUUGUUUUGACAUUGACAACUAUUUUUUCUUACUUUUAUAAAUGUUUUUCAACAUAAAGAAUAAUUAAUUUUUUUAAAUAAAUUGAAAUAAACAUUAAAAUAUUUUUGACACAAGAGCGCGAAACAUAACUCAUAGUGCGUUGGGCUGCGUAAUGACGUUGCGCAUAGAAACUUGUGUCCGUCACCUGUAUUGAAAGAGUCAAACAUCAGAAGAGUCAAAAUGUUUAGCUUUCAUAAACCGAAGGUUUAUCGUUCGAGUAAAGGCUGUUGCAUUUGUAAAGCCAAAUCAAGCAGUUCAAGGUUCACGGAUAGUAAAAAAUAUGAAGACGAUUUUAUAAAAUGUUUUGUACUUGAAGAACGACGAACGGGAGAAAUAUGUAAUGCUUGUGUACUUUUGGUUAAAAGAUGGAAGAAAUUACCAGUUGGCACCGAUCGCAAUUGGAAUCAUGUUGUAGAUGCACGUGCUGGACCGGGAAUAAAAUCAUUAACGAAAUUUAAAUCUAAAAAUAAAAAGAAAAAAUUAAAAGAUGUUAAUGAAAAAUUGGAAAAAAUAAUAAAGAAGAAACAUGUUUACCAAAAGCGAGAAAGAGAAGAUAGUCCAGCGAUGAGUGAUGAUUUUACUGAAGAAGAUUGUAAUGGAUCUGGAAGCAAAAAUUCCAGCAGAGCAGGAAGUCCAGAAGAGAAUUGUGAUACUAUUACAGAAGCAAAACUACUUAACUUGGCUUUAAGUUACUUUAAACAGGAGAUGAUUUGUUGUGGGAUGGUAUUCAAGGGUCGAAAUGGUGAAGUAAUGAUGGAUGGAACUUUAGUGAAACCAUGUUCAGGAAGUGUUUCCAAACGACAGCAGCAACAACAACUGCAACAGCAGCAACAACAACAACAACAAGAAAUUACAACACUUAGGAAAAGUCCAUCAACAAGUCCAUCGCAUAGUUCGGCGUCAACAAGUCCUGCUUAUAGUGUGGAAUCAGCUGUUGAAUCCUCAAUUUCAAAAUUAUCCAAACCAAUAAUGAAUCAUCGAUUCUACGAAUCAUCAUCAGAUUCAGGAUAUGAUGAGUCUUCCAAUCAAGGAGUAGGUGAGAGUAAAUUAGCUAAAAUAAUUCAAAAUUCUACGUCGUCAAUUGGAAUUAAAGUCGAACCUCCAAAAAACGUGACACUUAAAACAAUUCCAAUAUCAGAAGCUGUUCGAAUAAAAAAUGAAGUGCCAAUAAAAUUAGUUCCAAUGAAGCCAAUAUCUCUUAGUACUAAUCUUACUUUGAGUAAUCUCACAUUAAAUGAUGGUACUUCGAUUACAUCUAAUCCACUCGUAGAUUUUGCUAUUCAUGCCUCUUCCAGGCAACCGGUUACUAAUUAAUGUCAGUCACUCGUAGAAUUUUAAUUUAUUGUUUCUCAUAUUUAGUUAGGUUAGGUGUUCUUAAUCAUAUAUAAAUAUAUAUAUAUAUAUAUAAAUAUAUAAAAACUCAAAUUUCGAGAGCUACGAAUGGGUUGAAUUGAAGAAAAUAUUUAUUGAUCCACUCAAGGCAAAUUGACUUGGAGUGAUUUUUUUUACAUAAUAUUUAUAACAUCCCAUUCACAGCUUUUGUUUUCUGGGUAUUCAUAAUAAUGCAAUUACAGAAAAAUACAUAUAUAGUAUACAUGUAUAUGUAUACUAAAUAAUUCUUGUAUAGUUAUUCCAAGAUGCCAAUUAACUUUUUAAUAUUGGGUCCAAAAAUGAAAAGGAAACAGUAUCACACAUGCAUUUAAAAAUAAUUGCCUCAUUAUUUGAUGCAAAUUUACAUUGAUCACAAAAGUAAUUAAUUUUAUUAAUUAUUAUAUUUUUUAAAUAAAUCCGAAGAAAUACAUAAUAAUAAUAAUAAUAAUAAUGCUUUAUUAACAUAUUCUUAAUAACUUUUGACUUUUCUUUUAUUUAAACUUCAUAAGUUCAAAAAACACAAAUUCCAUUUUGCAGAAAAAAUUACAUUUUUAAUAUUUGUCCAUGUCAAUUUUAUUUUGUAUUGCAUUUUUUAAAAAUAUUUUGUAGGUAAAUUUUUAUGAAGAAUUUAUAAACUAUAUUUUUUUUGACAAAGUCAGUCAAUUAUAUUUUCGUAAACUUUUCCAGCUUUUUUACUUUUAAGUAAAAAUAGUUUAGAUUCAAUAAAUUUACAAUUUUGAAAAGUGCAUUGCUUUUUUACACAAAAAAAUUUUGAAGAAAAGAAAUUAAUAAAUUUAUACAUUAAAAAAUUGAAUUCUUAUUUCUUGUAAAUAUAAAUUUGAUUGUUUUUUUUUGAAACUCUAAAUUUAAAUAGAGAAAUCAAUUUUUACAACACUUAUACAACACCAAUUGAAAAAAAAAAUUUUUAAAAAUGGCUUCCAUCUUUUAUUUUUUCUUUUAGAUGAAAAUAAAAAUGUACAAAAUUUUUUUAAAAACAUUUGACUUUUUCUUUUCAUGUAAAAAUAAAUGAAAGAAAAAUUUAUGGGAAAAAAAUCUAUCAUUUCUAUUUUAAGUUUUUUUUAGGUAUUUUCAAUUGGUGUUAAAAAAAUUUUUUUAUGUAUAAAGUCAUUUGUCUUAAGUUUAAAUUUAUGUACACUAGUGAGUUUUAUAUAAAUUCUGUAAAAUUCCUUUUUUGUGUACAUUUGUUUUAGUAAAAAAUUGCUGUCAUAUAUUUUUGUCGUGACUUAGUUUUCCGUUCAUUUUUUUUUGAAAAUUUCGUGUAUGUUAAGGUAAAAUUUUUAACUGUAUUUAUUGUUUUCGUGUAUUAUUUAUUUACAAUUCAAGUUAAAAAAUGUAUGUUUUAUCAUUAAUAUUAAACUGAACGGAAAAUGGUUCUUAGGUCAACGACAGUAUAAUUUUGCUCAAAAUGACAAACUUUUUCAAAAUUGAAAUUUUUUGAUUGAAUUUUUUUAUUGACAAUUAUCUUAAAUAUUAUUAAUUAAAUAUGAAUUAAAAUUUAAAAAAUUGAUAAUUUAUUAGCAAAUUUAAUUGUACAUUGUUGCAAUAUUAUAAUAUUACUUAUUUCUUUUUUUUGUUAAAUCGACUUUAUUUUUAAAUCGCGAAUUGAAUAUAUUAUUUUUAUUGUAAAAAAAUAUUCUCUUGUGUAUAAACUUGAAGGCAUUCUUCUUGUUAGACAUGUCUUAUUAUUUAUUUUUCAAUUUGAAUUUUUGAUUAAAGAAUUUUACGGUAUAUGGCAGUAGCUAUUUUUGAAAUUCAAACUUUUUUUAUUUUUUAAAUAUUGUAGAUAUAAUUAUUUUCAUACACAUGUUAUUCUGUUGCAAUGAUUGAGAAAUUAUGGGCUUUUUUUACAUCUUAUCUAAAUUUUCACUUUUAAUUGUAUUUUAAUAAUUAGCUGUGACGGUUAAUACAUUAUUAAUUGAAAAAAAACUUUUGUAAUUCCAAUCAAAGGUUUUUUCUUUGUAAUUCAGUAUUUUCAGUUAUUAUUAAUUAGUUAUUAUAUUUAAUAAAAAAAACAUGUGUUAUCGCGUUGGUACUUUGGUAUACUUUUUACAUUGCAAGAAUUAACGUAUAGUACAAACUUUUAACUAUCAUAUUUUUGAUAGUAUAAAUAAAAGUACAAUAUCCAGAAAACCAUUUUUUUUUGUUUUUUUUUUGAAAAAGAAACAAUUCGAUCAAUCCACAUUUUUAGAACAGUUAUAUAUAUAACUUUUAUAUAAUUAGAUAAAUUCUACGAGAGGAGUGGACUGACACAUUUUUUUUUAAAUUUUGAACAACAAAAAAACGAAUAUAAAAUGUAAUAAUAUUUCAAAAUUCACAAAAGAAUAGUCGAAAGAUUUUGUAUGUAUAUGAGCAAAAAAAGCUUAUAUUAAAAUUAAGGUAUAAUUUUUUAUAUUGAUAUACCAAUUUUUAGUUUGUAAUAUUAAGAUAUAAGAAGUUUGUUUUUAUAUAAUUGGGGCUUGCGAAUAUAAUAAUAAUAAUAAUAAUAAUAAUAUCGACUGCAAGUGAAGUGGGCACAUAAUUAAUUUUCUCGGGAUAGAAAAAUAUAGAUGAUGAAAAAAAAUUAAGGAUGGAUGUAAAUAUUGUAUUUGAGUGGAUCUCGCCCGCAAUUUUUUUUUUUUUUUUUUU